UCAGCAAUUCAGCUGAAAAGAACAGACCUCUUGUGAUGUAACAGGAAGACACAAGCAGAGCUAACCUCACUGUCAGUUUGGAGGAUCGGUGUUUAUGAGAUCCUGGAGCUCACGUAAUCGUCGGGAGAAUCAUGUCGCAAGUACCGGACAUCCCGGACACCAAGGCCAUAGAUGGCGAGAGGCCCAUGUCCAUCGUGCGUCGUAUGGACCGCGAAAGGGAGCGGAUGCUGGGAAUGACGGAUGAGGAGCGGGCGUGGAGGAAGAAAUGGCUGGACGCUCAGAAACUCGCGCCCGAGGAGCCGGUGAUGCCGGAGGGCUACUACCAAGAGAUGUACAAUCCGAUCAGGAGAUUCUACAUGGCGCCCGGAAGAAAAUUCGAGGGCAUGCUGGAACCGUUUAUUGGUAAAGGACCGGCGUACGUAACUCGGCGCACUUUAACCGGAAUGAUGAUGGGCGUCUUUGCGACCUAUUGCAUCUAUUAUCAUCUCAAGUACAACAAAAUGAAUUGGAUGAGAAACGGUGGAUGGAAGAUCACAAUUUCUAGACACAAAAUGUAUCCCGACACUAAGGAUCUGAACGUCUUAUACAGAACGAAGGGCACUGAUUUCUACGUGAACGAUUUCGACAAGUCGCCUAUAUAAAUCUUGAAAGCGCGGUAUCUUCCUUGUAUAGUUAUUUAAUUGAACAUCGUUAAAUGUCACGAAAGUGAGAGACGCGAUGUUAAUAAAUGUCAUUAGUAAUAAACGGUUA